AUGAUAAGAGCUGUAGCUUGGAUACCGCUCGCGCGCUCACGGAUGGCUCUGUGCUCGGAUCAGCUGCUCAAGGUUCUGGUGAUUGGAGACGUGCGCGUGGGAAAGACUAGUAUCGUUCUCCGUUACGUGAAAAAGUCGUUCAUUGAAAACUACAAAACCACGAUCGGGGUGGACUUUGCAUUGAAAACACUUCAGUGGGAGCCGAGGACCGUGAUCCGGCUCCAGUUCUGGGACAUCGCAGGCCAGGAGCAGACUCGGGCCAUGUCUCGAGUAUUUUUCAAAGAGGCCAGAGGGGCCUUGGUCGUAUUCGAUGCUUCAGACUGGAGCACACUGGAGUCUGCAGCUCAGUGGAAGAGAGACUUGGACAGUAAAGUGACCCGGGACAGUGGACAGCCCAUCCCCGCGCUCCUAUUGGCCAAUAAGUGUGACCUGAUGGAGCGGAUCGACAGGGAGCGGAUGGCGCCCUCUCUGGAUGAGUUUUGUAAGGACAACUACUUCACUGGCUGGUUUGAGACAUCUGCAAAGGAGGACUUAAAUAUCGAGGAGGCAGCAUCUUUCCUGGUCGAUCAGAUGAUGUCACAGGGACAGGAUGAUUUUAAAAUGAAAGAUGUCAUAAAACCAGAAGAAAAAACAGGUCAAAGCGUCACUGCCCUCUGCUGCUGAGGAGGGGAAGUGAAGACAAAGACAAAAGCCAGAGCAGAGCCACAUGAAGCGCCAGCUUCAGCUUGGUGUCUGAAGCUGAGCAGGGCUGAGCCUGAUCAGGAUGUCGAUGGGAGACUGCAGGAAAUACCAGGUGCCAGAGGGGGGGCAGCAGUGACUCUUAUGCAAACUGUUGUCAUGCAAGACACUUCAGCCACAUUGCCUAGUAUAAACGUCAUGUGUGUGAGUGUUGAUGGUGCUCGGAGGGGCUGAUGGUGCAGUGUGGCAGCCUCACUUCCAUCAGUCUGCCCCAGGGCAGCUGUGGCUACAACAGUAAAGCUUAUAAAUCUAAGUAUGGAGUGAAAAGAACGGACACAACUGUGAAGUGACUUUGAGAGCCCCCUGGACACAGAUCCUCAGCUCCAUGUCUCCUGACCCUCAGCUCCACAUCAUCUGACCCUCUGCUCCACAUCUCGGGACUCUCAGCUCCGUUUCUGACCCUCAGCUCCAUGUUUGACCCUCAGCCUGUGUCUCCUGACCCUCAGCCUGUGUCUCCUGACUCUCAGCUCCAUGUCUGACCCUCAGCUCCAUGCUUGACCCUCAGCCUGUGUCUCCUGACCCUCAGGUCCAUGUCUGACCCUCAACUCCAAGUCUUCUGACUCUGAGCUCCUUGUCUGACCCUCAGCUCUAUGUUUGACCCUCAGCAUGUGUCUCCUGACCCUCAGCCUGUGUCUCCUCUGUCUACAUAAAGGAGGCAGUGCUUGAAAAUAACAGAAUAAACCUGAGACUCAUCCUUUUUGUCUCAAAGUUUGUUUUAAAUAUCUUUCUGUGUCAUGUUUUUAGUCUGUGUCCUGCAGUUCCUCCUUUGUGCCUCCAGGUAUCUGCUCCGCAAA